UCAAAUCUCUUUUACAUAGAUUUUCGUACGGUCUGCAAAUAGUAGCAAGAAAAUUUAUUUCUACGUUGAAUUGUUAAAUAAAUCCGAAGGAAUCCGUGUGAAUAAAAUAAAUAACUAAAUCAAGAUGAUGAGCGGAUUUCCGGGAUCCAUCGCCUUUGAUGAAUAUGGCAGACCUUUCAUCAUUUUGCGCGAUCAAGAUAAACAAAAACGUAUCACAGGCACAGAUGCCAUAAAGAGUCACAUUUUGGCUGCCCGCCAAAUUGCAUCCAUCAUUAAGACCUCUUUGGGUCCCAAGGGUUUGGAUAAGAUUAUGGUCAGUCCUGAUGGUGAUGUUACCGUUACCAAUGACGGUGCUACUAUUAUGAAACUGAUGGAUGUCGAUCAUGAAAUUGGCAAAUUGAUGGUUCAAUUGUCACAAUCACAGGAUGAUGAAAUUGGUGAUGGUACCACUGGUGUUGUAGUCUUGGCCGGAGCAUUGCUCGAACAAGCCGAGGGUCUCAUCGAUCGUGGCAUCCAUCCCAUACGUAUUGCCGAUGGUUUCGAAUUGGCUGCCCAGUGUGCCGUCAAGCAAUUGGAAGCCAUUGCUGAACCCUUCCCCAUUGAUCCCAACAAUAAGGAACCCCUUAUUCAAAUCGCUAUGACCACUUUGGGCUCAAAGAUUGUCAACAAGUGCCAUCGUCAAAUGGCCGAGAUGGCUGUUGAUGCUGUCUUGAAUGUGGCUGAUAUCGAGAAGAAAGAUGUCAAUUUUGAAUUGAUCAAGAUCGAAACUAAAGUUGGCGGUCGUAUGGAAGAUUCUAUGUUGGUUAAGGGUGUCGUUGUCGACAAAACCAUGAGUCAUGCUCAGAUGCCCAAGACAUUGCGCAAUGUAAAAUUGGCUAUACUCACCUGUCCCUUUGAACCACCAAAGCCCAAGACCAAGCAUAAGUUGGAUGUUACCUCGGCCGAGGACUACAAGUUAUUGCGUGAAUAUGAACAAGAGAAAUUCAUUGAGAUGGUUAAGAAGGUCAAGGAUGCCGGUGCCACUUUAGCCAUUUGCCAGUGGGGCUUUGAUGAUGAAGCCAAUCAUAUGUUGUUGCAGCAAAACUUGCCUGCUGUACGUUGGGUAGGUGGUCCUGAGAUUGAAUUGAUUGCCAUUGCUACUGGCGGCAGAAUUGUACCACGUUUUGAGGAAUUGACCCCAGAGAAAUUGGGUACCGCUGGUCUAGUUAGAGAAGUUUCCUUUGGCACCUCUAAGGACAAGAUGCUGGUCAUCGAAGAAUGCAAAAACUCUAAGGCUGUCACAAUUUUCUUGCGCGGUGGCAAUCAAAUGAUUACUGCUGAGGCUAAGCGUUCCAUUCAUGAUGCUUUAUGUGUUGUUCGUUCUUUGGUUAAGGACUCCCGCAUUGUUUAUGGUGGCGGUGCUGCUGAAAUCAGCUGCUCUGUAGCCGUUGCCAAGGAAGCCGAUCAACUCUCCACCUUGGAACAGUAUGCCUUCCGCUCAUUCGCCGUCGCCUUGGAAAAUAUUCCCUUGGCUUUGGCCGAAAACAGUGGUUUGCAUCCCAUUGAAACCUUGUCUGAAUUGAAGGCUCGUCAAGUUGCUGAAAACUGCCCCAGCCUAGGUGUUGACUGCAUGUUGACCGGAGAUUCAAACAUGAAGACACACAAUGUUGUUGAAUCUCUCAAUUCCAAGAAACAACAAAUUUUGUUGGCCACCCAAUUGGUUAAGAUGAUUUUGAAAAUUGAUGAUGUACGUUCCAAGAAUGAAGGUGGUGAUUAUUACUAAUGUAAUCCUCAAUUCAACAAAAAAAAAAGUACAUUAAACUAUUACUAUUCUUAAUUUCAUAUUCAAAAAUACAUUUACAACUAUAGAUUGUUUUAACACACCCGCAUACAGCACUAAUUUUGUUCAAGUUUCCUUUAUCAUUCAUUUUCUUUCUAUCUAGUUUCCUUUUAUUUUGUUUAUUACACCUUUAAAAUGUAAACCACCAUCAUUUAACAAUAUUAAAAAAAAACUUUGUAUUAUUUGUUUGUUCUCGCUCGGCUUUUUGAAAGAGGAGCAUUAUAGAGCUUAAAAUAAAAAAUUGAAAAACAAGAUCAAAUAAAA